AUGGUAUCUGGACUGAAGGUGAACUUCUUCAAAAGCAAGCUGUAUGGAAUCAACAUAUCAGGAGAAUUUAUGUUAGCAGCUUCUCAAUUCCUUUUCUGCUGCAUUGAUCAAAUCCCAUUCAAAUUUUUGGGCAUUCAAGUGGGAAUAAAUCCUAGGAGAUGUUGUGCUUGGAAGAGUGUUGUGGAGGGGCUUAAGAAGAGAAUGUCAGGUUGGAAGGCAAGAAGUUUAUCAAUUGGAGGGAGGGUUACAAUGAUAAAUGCAAUUCUGAAUAGUGUUCCUGUCUAUGUAAUGUCAUUUUAUAAAGCUCCUAAGAAGAUCAUUAAACAAAUAAUCCAAAUUCAAAGCAGAUUUUUAUGGCUAGGCAAUGAAGACAAGAGGGGGAUUGCAUGGGUGAGUUGGGACAAUGUAUGCAGACCUAAGGAGGAAGGAGGCCUUGGAGUAAAACAUAUUGAGACUUUCAACUCAACACUGCUAUGCAAAUGGAAGUGGAGGAUGUUAAAGGAAGAGACAGCCAUUUGGAAGGAUAUCCUUCAAACAAGAUAUGAAGAUUUAACAAUUCGAAAUAUGCAAGAUGUUCAAGCUAGCAAAAUCAAGAAAUCAUCCAUCUGGUGGAGAGAUGUUGUGUCUGCUGGCAGAGUUGUAUUAGCAGAUAAAACAUGUGCUGACAUCUUCAUGAUUAAAGUAAAAUACAAAGUGGGAUCAGGGGAGAAGACAGUGUUUUGGCAUAACAUAUGGAUUGGUGAUAAACCAUUGAAGGAAGAAUUCCAUGAGGUCUAUGCUAAGGUUGUAAACAAGCUUGGCAGAGUUUGUGAAUUGUGGAAGAGUGCCCCAUUAGUGUGGAAGUGGGAUCUUGGCAUCAGUAAGGAGGUUUUGAUCAGCAUGAACGGCACUGCAGCCAGACAAUUGAAGGAACUGGAAGAGAUUUUGGAAGAAAUUGAGAUAAGACAAGAACAACAAGAUACCAUUUGGUGGUGGCCUGAACAAGAUGGGAUCUUUUCAGUCAAAUCCUUUUAUGACAGAGCUAGAAAGAAAGUUACAACAAAUGAUGAGUUACAGGUGGAGCAGACACAUUACUUGAAACAUAUAUGGAAAGGUUGA